GAUUUUAGGCAAUAUAACCUAUCACUGUAAACAACGAAAAUUGUUUAACGAUACUCGGUUACAUUUGUAUUAACUUUUGUAUCUACAAAUAUAAUACAACGCCAUACCGCGUGCCUGAGCGAUAUAUUUCGCCUAUUUUGCGAAACUAGUCGCACGACUUCUGAGUUCCAGGUACAUACAGUGUAACUAGGUAGCGGAUUCAUAAUUGUCGAUAAAGCAGUACGACCGCUAGCUACUCCAUUUUAUGUGGAGUUGUACACAAUGUCUGUUGGGUAAAUUAAGGAAUUCGAUAGUUUCCAAGUGUACUUCUAGGAUGGCAACAUUGAUGGAUAUAUUUCACGUUAUAUUUAAAAUUGUGACUUAAUCUAUGUUUUAUUGACGUUCCUCUUAUCGAUCAUGUCCAAAUUUAAUGAUAAACUCAUUGAGAUGGUGAAGAUAUACCCAGUGCUGUACGACCCGUCGCAUUCAGACUUUAAAAACGUAUUCUUAAAGAAGACUAUAUGGGAGGAAGUAGGACAAACAUUUAACAUGCGUGGCGAGCGUUUAAAAUGCAAAUGGAAAAACUUACGAGACACGUACAGUAGAUAUUUAAAAAGUAAGAAGGCACUGCCCGUCUCUCUAAGCAACAAGCGUUAUAGUAGAUGGCACUGGGCUUCAUCUAUGGAAUUUAUGAAAGAUAUUUUAGAAGUCGCCGUACCAGAUUCGAGUAUAACUGAAGGUGACAAUACACCUACCAAUAAUGUACGAAAACGAACAUAUACACCAUUAAAACGACUUACAGACAACAAACUUGUAAAAAAAACAGCAACAACAGCGUAUUUGGAUUCAAGAAUGAACAAAAUGUCGGCCACAGAACAUGUCAUGCUCGGGUACGCGAAGAUCCUCGAUGGGUUAACAGAACGACGUAAAAUUUUAACAAAAAUGAAAAUUGCACAGAUUAUUAUGGAAGCGGAACUAGAGGAUGAGCUAGAACGAUCUCAACUAGAGCUUAUGCCGUUACAGUCUGACAAGAAAAAAACAGAUUCAUUUCCUUCGAAUUUAUUUGUUAUUGACCCGAAUUCCUAUACCGAUCCAUUGGUCACACACUCUAAUCCACUGGUUGGGGUGUCCUCUCAAUUACAAACUACCCACUCAAUGUCGACAAAUCUCGACUUAAAAAGAGAAAUUGUUGAAGAUUCUAUUGUGGUUUAACUUGCAGUGAUCCAGUUAAUUCACACGAGACUUUAAUUUAGCUUAUACUUAGACUAGUUUUACUAUUUACUUAUUUUUACGUUAUUAAACAAAAUAUUUUUUUAUAGGUUUCGGUGCCGCCAUGUUGGCGUCCAUAGUGAUUUGAAUUGUUGCGACUACUAGUGAUUUUCUUUUAGUCUAUAUCGACUC